AUGGCAAUAACAAUUAAUAUCAUCUUUCAAAAUAAAAAAAUUGCACUUCCAUUCAAGAAAACACAGAAAGUUCAUGAGUUGCUCGAGGAAAUCAUAAAGAGAGCAGCCAUCACCUCUAUUCCUGCCGAUCAAUUACAAUUGUUAAAUGAUAGCUCUGAAUUAUUUAAAGAAGAUACAUUGGAGGAUUUGGGUAUUAAUGAUAAUGUAGAAUUAAUUCUUAAACAAAUUACAUCGGCAGCAGCAGCAACUACAACCACCACACCAACAGAUAACAACACAUCUUCGAUUACCAACAUUGUCAAUUCAACAAGAAGAUUAUCUAUUGGUGAUAUUACCGAUAGCAACAACAACAACAACAACACAGAACCAUUCAUUCCAAUUAAACCAACAGUAUCGGUAUUCUCAGAAAAGAUCAAACAGAUCGAUAUCAUUGUUUUGGAUGUGAGUGGUUCGAUGAAAGCUGCUGCUUAUGCUGGUUCAAAGGUGCCGGGUGAAUUGGAAAUGACAAGAAUCGAAGUGGCACAAGCACUCUUCCAGACAUUCAUUGAUAAAUACGUGCAACAAGAGAUUCCUGCAUGUGUUGGUCUCGUUUGUUUUGGUGAGCGCAUCGAUCUCACCUUCCAACCUACAAGAAACUUUGAUUCCUUCUCAACCGAGUUGGGAGAUGUCGAUGCCAAUCAAGCCAAGACACGUCUCUACGAAGCGAUCAAGUUGGCAGCGGAAACCAUUGUCAGCUACAAAAACAAACAUCCAGCCGAUAUCUUGUUGUCCGACGAUCUAAAUUGCAGAGUUUUUGCACUGACCGACGGUCAAGACAACAGUGGUUCCGAUCCAUACAAGGUUUUCACCUAUUUGAAAGAACACAAUAUCGUUUUGGAUGCCAUUCCAUGUGGAAAUGGUGCCGAUAAAGAAGCACUGGGAACCUUUACCAAAGCAACAGGAGGAUCGUGUUUCAUCAUUGAUUCUUCACAGGCCGGUGUUGAACUCUUUGAGCGAGAGGCACUCAUCAAUCUAAGUUCAAGAAGUGACUUUAAACCAUUCUCCAUUGACAUUGCCACACGUGAAGCAUUCCUUGGAAUCACUCCGACCACUGUAACUACUGUUGAGCGUAAAGUAGAGAGUGCUGUUGCCUCCAGUGGCAAGUGUGUAGGUGGAGCGUUGAAAGAGGAGACCGCUGCCAAGGCCAAAUCAUCGAGUGCCAACAAGCGUAUCAUUGCAGAGUACACCAAUUUCCAAAAGGAAAUCGAAAACUCAACACAACCAUCGUUCUAUAUUUUCAUGUCGGAGUCGAAUAUCAAGAUUUGGAAGAUCAUCAUGAAGGGUCCGGCUGGAACAGCCUACGAUGGUCUCUACAUGUUGAGUGUCGUCUUCCCAGAGGACUAUCCAUUCAAACCACCCAAAGUCAGAUUCGAAACCAAGGUAUUCCAUUGCAAUAUCUCUUCCGACGGUAUGAUCUGUUUGGACAUCUUAAAGGAUAGUUUCUCGCCAGCACUCACCAUUCAUAGAAUCAUGUUAUCGAUUUGUGCGUUGUUGACCGAUCCAAAUCCAAUGGAUCCAUUGGAUGCUGUCAAAGCCGGUCUCUAUCGUGAUAAUCCAACCGAAUAUUGGAAUAGUGCAAGACAGUGGAAUAAAACACAUGCUGGAUUUACACUUGCAGAGUUAAAGACUCUUCAUUCAUUAGAAUAA